CCGAGGCGCUCUGACCCGCUCCAGCUUCCGGAGGUGACGUUGCUGCGGUGGUUGCCGGGGUGACGCGGGCAGGGUGCCGCUGGCCGGGUGGCGGAGCGAUGGUGCCUGUGCUGGACGCGCUGUGGGAGGACAGGGAUGUUCGCUUUGACAUUUCGCCUCAACAAAUGAAGAUGAGAUCUGGAGAGGUCCUAAUUGACUGUUUGGAUGCCAUUGAAGAUACUAAAGGAAAUAAUGGAGAUAAAGGUAGACUGCUUGUGUCUAAUUUGCGAAUUAUCUGGCAUUCACUGGCUAUUCCACGAGUUAACUUAUCUGUUGGCUACAACUGCAUUUUAAAUAUCACAACAAGAACUGCCAAUUCGAAACUCCGUGGUCAAACUGAAGCGCUUUACAUCCUGACCAAAAGCAACAACACACGAUUUGAGUUCAUCUUUACCAGUGUGGUUCCAGGAAGCCCUCGGCUAUUCACCACUGUCAUUGCUGUACACAGGGCAUAUGAGACAUCAAAAAUUUAUAGAGAUCUUAAAUUAAGAGGAGCUCUCAUCCAAAACAAGCAGUUAAGACUUCUACCACAGGAACAGGUUUAUGACAAAAUUAAUGGUGUUUGGAAUCUAUCAAGUGAUCAGGGCAAUCUGGGAACUUUUUUUAUUACAAAUGUACGGAUAGUAUGGCACGCGAACAUGAAUGAUAGUUUCAAUGUUAGCAUUCCCUAUCUACAAAUUCGGUCUAUAAAGAUCAGGGACUCAAAAUUUGGCCUAGCACUUGUAAUAGAAAGCUCACAACAGAGUGGAGGAUACGUGCUUGGUUUUAAAAUUGAUCCCGUGGAGAAACUUCAAGAGGCUGUUAAAGAGAUAAAUUCUUUGCAUAAAGUUUACUCCGCCUGUCCAAUCUUUGGGGUCCAAUAUGAAAUGGAGGAAAAGCCUCAGCCACUUGAGGACCUGACAGUUGAGCAAGUUCAAGAUGAUGUUGAAAUUGAACCAGAAGGACCAACUGAUGCUUUCGUGGCUUAUUUUGCAGACACGAAUAAGCAACAAGACCGUGAACCAGUUUAUUCUGAGGAACUGGGACUGGCAAUCGAGAAAUUGAAAGAUGGCUUCACUCUUCAAAGUCUUUGGGAAGUGAUGGGUUGAACUUCAGGUUCACUUUUGAUUUGUUUUAAGAACACCAUGUAUUGAAACUACAUGAUGCAAAUUCCAAUAAUUGUUGCAUUUCAAAAAUAAAAUCUAACCAUUAAAAAUACCAUGCACUCUUUGUUAUAUACUGCAUCAGAAUUAAUAUUUGUUUCUUAUUUUUCUCACCUUCCCCUUUAAAUGCUUAUUUCCCUUUUGAAGCUUAAACUUGUAUCAAAAUUUUAUCUGCUGUAGUACUGAAAAUGGGUCAGUGUCAAAAGAUGGUGAUCCUUUGACUAUUGUUGCAGCACUUUAAUAAAUUUCUAAUCACUUUCUUUGUUUUAAAAAAAGUUAAUUAAAGUUUUAAGUGCUGUCCAGUACAAAUGUCCUGAGUGGGGAGAGAAUAAUGGUAGAAGGAAAUUUUUAUCUAGUCCAGGCAGUAGUUAGUGAGGACAAAGAAGAUAUUUAAAAAAAACCUGACCAUUUAAAUUUAAGUUUGGUCUCAAAGAUAAAGAAUUAAAAGUAUAAUUAUUCAAGGGGCAGAAUAUGGCUGUAAUGAUGGUUGAUGCUCCCUUACUAUAUAUCUGUCCAAUAACCAUGUCUAAGGAUCACUGAGUCUUUAUUCUUUGAAUUAUUGGUAAGUUCUACAUCUCAUCAUUUCCUGAAGAGAAUAAUGCAUGCCUUGGGAAUUGCCUGGGAUCUAAGUUUAUUCACUAGGAUUGUAACAUGUGGAGAUGGUAGCAUUCAUGUGGAGACAUGGACAAAGAUGUGGGAUAUGAUAUACAAUCAAAAAAUGUUGAAUCAGCAGGUUAAGCAGCAUCUGCAGAAGGAGAAACAGAAUUGACUUUUCAGGUCAAAGAUCCUUCAUCAGAAUUGGGGAAGAGAGAUGUUACGGACUCAGUGAAAGUCCCUUUAAGAUAGAGUAUGUGUGUGUGGGGCGUGCUUACGUCAAUAGAAGAUAAAGGACGUAAUGACGUUGUUGAAGAAGUCAGAAGAAGAAGGAGAAGAGAGAGAGAGAAGGGAGAGAGACACCAGCCUGCUAGUUUUCUCUAUCGAUGGAUGAGAAGCAAUAACUGUGUCUGCCACUGAAAUCCGUGCAUGGAAGUUGGAAGUAAUCCGGUGGAGUUCACUUUGUUGCUGACCUGUAGAAGGAAACAGGUAUUUGUGUGUGGACGACCACGAUUCGGAUGCUUUUCGGGGUGAGGAAGUCACUACCGAGUAAACACUGAAGUGUCGCUGGGGUUCCAUCGUGGAACAUUUGGAUUUCGUAUUUACUCUUUCUAUGUUUCUCUACGUCUACGUCUUAUCUUCAGACAAUGGUGGUUGUUGAAGAAGCCCUUGCUCAUGUUUCACCUUAUGGCUUGCUGAACUGAACUUUAAGAAACCAUUCCUGAACUUGGAGUUUGGGACUUUGCCACACACACACACGAAGAGUUUAGUUUUUGAGGUUAACGUUCGAGGUUUAACAUUUUUGAAUUCUAACAUACUAACAUUUUUACUUGUAUUUUACGUAUUAUCAUAAGUAGUGAUUAAUAAAAUAGUUUUUAACACUG